UAGAAAUGUGAUCUGUCUGUUUGUCUGUCUGUUUGUCUGUCUGUUUGCGACUGAGUCACGUCAAUUUCGCCAAUUACCAUGAAACCAUGCAUGAAGACCGCGUUUCACGUACAUGUACACCCAAGAAUGCAAAUGGGCGUUUCUGUUUUACAAUUCUUUUCGAGGUCAGAAGAUUUUGGUUCCGGUCGAAGCGCUUGGCAACAUUCCUCUCGUUUUGAGCGACGCCACGUGUGGUCUCUACGGAAGCCUGCAGCUGCACGAAUACGCUCGGGCCGCCGGCAUGCUAGCUAGUGCCAUUUGCCUGGGUUGUAAAAACGGCUCAUCCGGGAGGUGUGACUUUGCCGGAUCCUGUUCUCAGAGCUUGGGAAGUAGCACAUAGGGGUAAGUAGGUGGGGCCAAAUCUCUGCUAUUUUUAGCUCGUGUUUUCUCACAGAGUAUGUGACGUGUUUAGAGUAGGUGACGUGUUUUCACACAGAGUAGGUGACGUGUUUUCACACAGAGGAUGUGACGUACCGGUGUCGUGACAACCAUAUUGUUGCCGUUUGAUUACGUAUCGCAUCAUUGUAUGCAGUUUCUUUAUCCUCUCCAAAUAUUUUCCAAGGCAGUGGAAGUUACUACACCGCUCUUUCAGCUAUCAUACUAGUUUCCGUUUCUGAGUGAUCGCACUCGUCAUUUUUUUCUCUGCCUCUACGCUUACAGCAUGGCAGCGACCGCAGCAAAACACAACGACGGGAGAAGAAUCAUCAGCCUGGCGGCUGACUACGACAAGGAGCACGGAAUCCCAGCAUUUCAACCCAAACCUAAGAUACGAGAAGAGUCCGUUGAUGAACCAGACAGCGCGCCUGUACCAAAACCCAAACCGCUGAAAGACUUCAGGAGUCUGCCGCCCAGUCAAAUGGAAACACGUGACCUCAUCAGUCUCUACUGGCAAGACAUGGCGGCAGCUCAAGCACUGAAGAAACCUGAACGUGGCUCGCUCACCAUACAAGUGGGCUACAACGUGUCGAAAGGACAGUUGUGUGUGAAAGUGUUGGAGGGUCACAAUUUACCCGCUCUUGAUCGAUCCGGACUACAUAUACUUUACUCAUUCUUACAUGUUCUCUGUAAAGGAAAAUCUGAUCCGUACGUAACACUUCAGCCUUUCCCAUUUGAUGUGUUUGAAGACUCGGCAGCCGGAAUUCAAAAAACAAAAACAAAACACCGAGAACUGAGACCAGUGUUUGUGGAGAUGUUUCACAUUCGAUGCAAGCCUAAGGCAAUAACCCAUGACAAAGGUUGUGCAAUAUUGUUCACAUGCUACGACUGGGAUAGCAUAACUGGCGAUGAUUUGAUUGGCGAGGCUGUUUAUCUUCUUUCCGGAACAAAGGAAGUGCAUAGCGAGAGUGAAGUUGCUCGAUUUGAUAUUGUCACUUUGCCUCUCUCAUUGCCCACACGACCUUCGAGUAGCAGUUGUGCGUAUGCCGAGUUGGAGAGGAGAACGUCGGACGAGCAUGCUUUGAAAUUUGUCGAGCGGCGAAAGAAAGCUUUCAAGAUGGCUAAGAAUGAGAUGUCAUAGAAAAUUGGAGAAGACCGGUUUUGUAGUGAAUGAGCUGCAUGAGCACUAAAGUGCAUUUGUCCCAUAAUUUAAAUUUUGUAUGUGUAACUGACAUCGAUAUUUUGUGUUAAUGCUUAUUUACUACUUGGGAUUGAAGGCUGUGCACUGGAUACUAACUACCUAUUUUAACUAAUAAACUAUUUUAGUGAUGAAA